CUUGCUUAAUUUGGUCUUUUAGCCGUAAAUGGGGAAAGGCUUGAAGAAAAUGGCUUCCUGGCCGUGAAGUCUUCGGUGGUCCUGCCGUGAUGACCACUUCCCUGAAUCCUGUUGUUGAUGGUGCAAAAAACUUGUGAAAAUGUGUGAAAGCGAUGAUGAAAGCGAGAGGUGGUGUGCUGUGUGCAAUGACAUAUCUUCUGGUUAUCAUUAUGGAGCAAACACUUGUGAAGGAUGCAAAAGUUUCUUUAAAAGAACAGUUCAGAAAGAUCUACAUGAAAAAUACAAGUGUAGUGGAAAAGAUGAGUGUCCAGUGGAUAGAAAGUCACGAGCCAAAUGUCCAUCCUGCAGACUGAACAAGUGUUUUGCGGUUGGAAUGGUAUUAGAAGGUAUUAGCUCUUGUCAUAUUCUUUGAAAGAAGUAUUAUCAUAUACAUUACGUUCAUUCUGUGGGGGUAGUAUUAGGGUGACAAAGAAAGAAGCUAAAAAUCACUAAUAAUCACAGAUUGAAUAAAUUAAUUAAGCAGUAUUAACUUAACAGCAACAGAAUGCCUAAUCAGUCGCCUGCAAUUACAUCCACCUCUCAUCACUUCAUGCCACUUGCAGCCGGAGCCACUAUUGUAUUUUUACUUUUCUCUGUCGCUGUCGCAGGUUCAACCUAUCUUUGUAUUGUUUGUUGCCACAGCUUCAUCUGUCUUAUGUAAAUGUUCCAAGGCCAUGUUGCUUAUUGCCAUUUUACCCUAACAGGGCCUCUUUAGCUUUGUCUGUGGUACAGACUACUACUUGUGAUGUUUCGCGAGAGAGAUGUCUGCAAUUCAGCCUCGAAAAUUCCAUACAGAUAAUGUAAAUUUAUCCCGAACCUGGUCAACGUACAGUAAUUGGUAGACAUAGAAAUUGUAUUGUGGCUAUUGUUUACAAAUGACAGAUAAGAGGCUACAAAGAUCAAAUAUAAAUGUCCAAAGUGGCAGGGAGCAAUGAGUGGUGUCUGUAUUGACAGGUUACUAAAUACAAAUGUACAUAAAGCAUUGGUUUACCACCCAGUGUGUUUGCCAAUCAGAUUGGAGACUUUGUGAUGAUAUAUCAGUUGCUUUCUGCUGACAAUUAAUUGGGGCGGGUGGAAGGGCUUAAUCAAAUGUUGUCACUUUUCAAAAGGUCGUGGGGGAAAAGGUGGGGUUGAGAUGCAGGACUAAAUAUUACUGACAGUGCUGUAUAUUCCUUAGUUUGUUAACCUUCGUUUCGACUCCCAGGAUUACCAGAAGUAAACAAUUUAUUCAAGAAAAUGCCAAGUUUCAGUUUUUACUGAUCAAUAUCUUCAUUUUCUAAAGAGUUUGAAAGAUGUUUUUAGGAAUCUUAUUGUUUUUGCAGCAGUGCAUCUAGAAACUCUGUAUUUGGUCUUAGACUUGAUAUUUAUCCUUAAAUUAUGCCUGUAGGAAGAUUUUCAUUCCAUCGUUAUUUUUUUGUUUGUCUUUUGUUGUAAAAUGAUAUCUACACUUUUUACCAGGGGUGAGAAAAGAAAAAAAGCGUGGUGGACGAUCAUUUUAUCCGCUCAAAAAGAAGAAGUGUGAUCAGGAGACUCAAACAGGAAGUGAAACUUCUUCAAAUGAGGAGACGAACAAAAGCAAUAUCAAAUAUUGCUCUGACCUCAUUGAAAACUUAAUGAGCAGCAGUCCUUGUAUUGUACCUCCAGGAGAAACAGCAAGUGACUCCAGUAACUCUGUAAAUGAAAGCCGAGAAGGAGUUCUUACUAGACUUUCAAACGCAAUCACUAAAGAACUGUUCUUGAUUGUGGAAUGGGCCAAAUUGGUUCCUGGAUUCAAUGAGCUUUGUCGGCCGGAUCAGAUUGCUCUUUUGACAGCUGGUGGCAUGGAACUUAUUGUUUUUAGGGUCAUCUAUAGGUCAAUUCCAUACAAGGAGCAAGUGUAUAUGAACACCACAUCACUACUUACGAAAGAAGAAUGUUACAACGUACUGAACAAAGAAAUUGUUGACAUGAUUUUAGAUGUUGUGGAGAGACUACGCCCUCUCUCUAUAGAUGAUGUGGAAUUUGCUUGCUUGAAGACCAUCCUUCUAAUUGAUCCAGGUAUUGAAGGCAUUCUUGGCUUAAUUUUUAUGUACUGUAAUUAAGUUUGAUAAUUUAAAUUUAUUUAAAUAGGAAAUCUGGGUUCAAAUUUUAAAUCAAUAUUGAAAAUAGCCUGAAUUUCAUCUGAUGUUACUUCUUUAAUUCAUGCAAAAAUAAAACUCCCCGAAGAAACAAUUUAACAUCUGAAACGGCCAACCGACCAGCUGUUAAUCGGGGCAUGCCCCCCACCGAGAAAUUUUGAACUUUAGUCUCUCGGAAGUGAUGUCACUACUGGGCCUUUGCUUUUUUUCAUGCAAAAUUUAAGUGGAAUUUUGGCAAUAACCAGAAAAACAACCGUUAACCUCGCCAAUGGUUUUGAUCAGUAUUUGUUCAAAAAAAAUUUGAGUUAACGUACGUAGCCCCUUGAGAUCGAUGAUGUGGUAAUUUUUUCAUAGUAUAUUGACUGAAUUGCUGAAUUCUUUGUAAUAUCAUGAUGCGUUAAAAAUAUCCGAUGAUCGCUUAACUAAAAUAAAAAUGAUCGGCGAAAUUCGUCAAAAUUUUACCGAGGCGAGUGCCUCGGUUGGCCUCAUACUAGCUACGGCGCUGAUUUGGAAAUGUCUACAUGAUACAGAACAGCUGACAGAAUUGCUUUACUCUUUUCGAUGGUAAUUCUUGUUUAAUGUUCAAACUAUCAACUGCAUGCAGUACUCUGAAGUGGUUGUAAUUCGAACUUGUUCACAAUCACGCAAUGAAAUAAAUACACAUACGAAACACUUACACAAGUUCAAAAACACAACAAUUUCCUUUAAUUGAAAAGAAGCUAUUUGGUCCUUAACAAAUAAAAAAGAAAACAAGGAAACAAGAAAGAAAAGCUAACAGAAUCACUACACUUGAUGGUGAAAAUAGCAGGAAGGUCGAAUGACAACAUGACAUUGGUCUCAGAAACUUUGCAUAAACAAAAUCACUGCAGAAACCACAAAGCAGCUCUAUAUGAAAAACCUACUGACUCUCCGCGAUGAGUCUUCAUUCGUAGUUCAAUUCAGUUUUGAAGACAAGGGCAGUUUUGCUGUUUACAAUUAAGAUUAUUGAAAUGUUUGAACUCCACUCAAGCAUGCCACUGAUGCGAUCCGCUGAAUAUCAAGCGACAAUCCCAUAAAAUUUUUUCAUAAUUAUGAGAAUAUUUAGACAAUCAAUCAAUCAAAAUCACUACCCGAUUUUCGGGUAGUAGUGACGUCACUGGAUGGCAUUAAUGGCUGGUCAAUUCAGAUGUUACUGAGAGGAGAAAACAACUCGAAGCAAUCGGAUCAAAUUCAGGCUAAUAUUUGAGGUCAAAAUCAAAUUUUGAAUUUAAAAAACGCAUAGGAAAAUUAAGAUAAACAAAAAUAUGGCUGGGAAAAUAUGCGUUGUCAACAGACUAAUUAUUAGUCUGUUGACCUGUCGUCAGGGUUGGAUCCUCAAAGUAAAAUUAUUGUAGAGUAUUCCUUAAACCUUACAUUACUGCUGAUCUUUUUAAGUCAGUAAAUGUAAUGGUUGUUAAAUAUUAUUAUUUCAACUUUUGAUAGAGACACCAGGACUCUCUGACAAGACAGCUGUUUCAACACUUCAAGGCGCAUAUCUUGCAGCUCUCAAGGAGCAUAUGACUGCAACAUACCCAGACCAAAGUGGACGUUUUGCAAAGCUACUGCUGCGGCUUCCAGCAUUGCGAGAUGUUUGCACCAAGGGAUACCAGUAUUUUUUACUGGUGAGAGCCAAGUUGGAAGGCGAGGUACCCAUGUCCACUCUAUUGCAGGAGAUGUUUGAAUCAGCAAGGUUUUAGUUAAAUAAAUAUUCAAAGAAUACUCAUAAAUGUAACUAAGUUUCAUAGUUCCUCAGGAUUAUCAAAACUAGAAGAUAAUUAUUAUCAGGACUUAUGGAUGUUUCUUUUUAUUUGAAUUUAAAUUACCAAAAAAUUACCAGUACGUUAUUGUAGUAAAUAAAGACUUGUUCUAUUGUUUGGUUCCAAAAAUUAUCCAUACCAGCCCACUGGAAAUUCUAAGCCAGAGGGUCACAAAGGAUUUAAAUGAUAGUAUGAGCCCAAACUGGAAUUUUGAGAGGGUUGGGAGGUGGGGUCAGAUCGAUCAAACCAAGGAACCCUCUUUGAAGGAGUGUGGUUAAUUUUUGGAACAGAACAUUUUAUAUGAGUUUCAGCAUCAAUGAUAGAGGCAAGUAAAGACAGACGUUCCACUGUACUGCAAGCAUAGACCACAAAUUUGAGAAUUCAACAACUCAUGUUCAGUGUCACUGAGGAUGGGUACUUUACUGUAAUUCUGAAAUUUAUCGUCUUUGUGGUCAGGAUUGUAAUAUUGUUGGUGGAGGCAAUAAACCAUUAUGUCAAUGUUAUAUGCCCAUUUAGUCUUCCAAAUUUGGUCAGCCCCAGCAGAUUAUGAAGAAUUGGCAACAAGUAGUAGCCUUUCUAUGUCCAGGGCUGUAAAAGCAGGAACUGUC